AUGGCAGCUGUGGAGGGAAACUAUGCUGUUUUUCAAUAUCUUAAAGGCCUAGGAGCAGAUGUGACACUGGCAGACAGGGCAGAAGAUGGUGUGUAUACUCUGGCCCUCCAGGGAGGAUGCAGGGGGAUCAUCAAGGAGUUAGGACGAGAGGAACAUUCAGGGAAAAGCAUCACACCAUGGAAUGAAUUGAUGAAGUCACUAGUGACAUCACAAGUGGACUACCUAAAGACAUAUUCACAACUAAGUCCUGACCUUGUUCAGAAAGAUCAAUUUGGAGAUAGCUUACUACAUCUGGCCUGUCGAGGAGGGAACAGACAGUGUGUGGAGUAUCUGCUCCCAUCCUAUGACAUCAAUGUCCGAGGUCGCUAUGACUGGACACCGGUGAUGAUGGCAGCUGUGUGUGGCCAUGGAGAUGUCUUCCAGUUGCUGGUGUCUCACAAGGCGGAUCUGUCUCUAGUCUCAAGUACAGGGGAAGAUAUCACCUCCCUGGCUCGUCGUGGCAACAACGACGACAUUGUCAAGUACCGAUUGGAUAAGUCUUGA